AUGGCCAAUGAGCUGAUUCGUGUCGGUCAAGUACAUGCGAAACUACUACGCGGUGAACUUACUGGCAAGUUAUGGAACGUGGUAGCAGAGACGUUCAUCGACUGCACGUUGGAAUGGGGAGAUCGGCGAUGUCGGUCGGAGACCGUACGCAAGGCGUGGGCUCUGAUUGUGGCAUUUGUGAUCGAGAAAGAUUAUACGCUACUACGGCGUCCCUCAAGACAGAGAAAGAAGAUGUUGGCUACUCGUCAGUCGCUGCCAGCCAUCCAAGUGCCGUUUCAGUCGAUGAAGAUUUGA